AUGCUGCGGGCCCCGGGGCCGCCGCUGGGGCCGCCCCCGGCCGCCUCCUCCUGCCCGACCGCCGCCGCCGCCGCCGCCGCCGCGCUCCGGCUGCUGCCGCCGCUGCCCGCGAUGGAGGCCCUGCCCAAGGCGGGGCUGGGGGCUCUGGCCAAGCCCCGGCGCCCGGUGAUCGCCUGCAGCGUCUGCCAGAUCCGCUUCAACUCCGAGAGCCAGGCCGCCGCUCACUACCAGGGCAAUGGGCUAGCCAGGCCGCCACCACCAGGGAACGCCCCCCGGGCCAGGGGCCUCGAGGCCGCCCGCCGCGGGCCCCGGAAGCCCCCGGACAGCCCGCCCGCGGCCCCCGCGCGAAAACCCCAAGCCAGAUCGGGGGGCCAGGAGGAGGAGGAGGAGAGGGCGAAGGCCAAGCGGCUCCUGUACUGCGGGCUCUGCAAGGUGGCGGUGAACUCCCUGAGCCAGCUGGAGGCCCACAACAAAGGCACCAAGCACAAGACCCUGGUCGAGGCGCGCUCGGGGCUCGGUCCCAUCCGCGCCUUCCCGCGGGGGGGGGGCUCGGGGGGCGCCCCCCCGGCCGAGGGUCCCGAGCGCUCCUUCCACUGCCAGAUCUGCAACGUGCGCCUCAACUCCGAGCUGCAGCUCAAGCAGCACAUCUCCAGCCGCCGGCACCGGGACGGGGUGGCCGGGAAGCCCAACCCCCUCCUGGGGCGCCAAAAACCCCGGAGCCCCCCCGAGCUGGCGCCGCUGCCGUUCCCGACGAGCUGCCCAAGGCCCCUGGGGGGGGCUCCUCCGCCCCUGGCGCCCGCCGCCGCGCCCCUGGCCCGGGCCGCGCCCCCCGCCAUCCCCCUGGCCCUGCGGGGCCCCGCCCCCCUCCUGCCCGGGCCCCCCCUUGGCCCCGCCCUGCUGCGGCCGGCGCCGGGCCCGCUGCGGCCGGGACACGCCCCGCUGCUCUUCACACCCUAUUGACUGAUGGACAGACUGACAGAGUGACAGACUGACUGACAGACUGACUGACAGACUGACUGACAGACUGACUGACACAGGGCCCGCUGCGGCCGGGACACGCCCCGCUGCUCUUCACACCCUAUUGACUGAUGGACAGACGGACUGACACGGGACAGACUGACAGACUGACUGACACAGGGCCCGCUGCGGCCGGGACACACCCCACGGCUCUUCACACCCUAUUGAUGGACAGACGGACAGAGUGACAGACUGACUGACACAGGGCCCGCUGCGGCUGGGACACGCCCCGCUGCUCUUCACACCGUACUGACCGACAGACGGACACGGGACAGACUGACUGACUGACUGACAGACUGACUGACAGACAGACUGACAGACUGACUGACAGACUGACUGACAGACUGACUGACUGACACAGGGCCCGCUGCGGCCGGGACACACCCCACUGCUCUUCACACCGUACUGAUGGACAGACGGACACGGGACAGCCCCGUGCACACCCCGCUGCUGUUCUCACCGUACUGACCGACAGACGGACACGGGACAGACGACUGACAGACAGACUGACCGACAGACGGACACGGGACAGACAGACGGACAUGGGACAGACAGACGGACACGGGACAGACAGACGGACACAGGGACAGCCCCCGCGCACGCCCCGCUGCUCUUCACACCGUACUGACCGACAGACGGACGGACAGACAGACGCAGGCACAGCCCCCCCCAGAACAGCCCCUGGGAACGCCCCCCACCCCCAAAGCCUGGAACAUUCCUUGGGACAAUCCUGGAACCCCCCCGGGGACACCCGGACAGCAGCCGGCGCCUGGCAACCGUUGCCUGGCAACCGGGAACCCCCUGGCAACGGUUGCCUGGCAACGCUCAGUGAGCAACUGCCCCGGUGAUGGUCGCCAGGCAACGGUUGCCUGGCGACCGGGGCUGCCCAUGGCAACCAUUCCCUUACAAUGGCGACCUGGCAACCGUUACCUGGCAACCGGGAACUGCCCAUGGCAACGGUUCCCUGGCAACCGCCUGCACCCAGAGCUGCACGUGGAAACCGUCUCCUAGCAACCAUCUCCCAGCAACUGUCUCCUAGCAACCGUCUCCUAGCAACCGUCUCCUGGCAACGCCCCCCCAGCCGUUCUCCCUCCCCCCCUUCCCCGGGCUCAGCGAUUUUUUUUUUUUUAACUGGAAUUUGGAGAUUUGGCAGGAAA